AUGAUGCUGAGCCCGGACCAGGCGGAGUCGGACCUCUCCUGGACUCAGUCCGACCCGGAGACCAUGCUCAACGGCCUCAGGUCGACCGGCUGCACCUCGGACGACCCGACGGAGGGAGAGGAACGAGCCAAGUGCAAGUCCGACCAGCCGCUGAGCCGGGAGGAGAAGCGGCGGCGGCGGAGGGCCACGGCCAAGUACCGCUCGGCCCACGCCACCCGGGAGAGGAUCCGGGUGGAGGCGUUCAACGUGGCCUUCGCGGAGCUGAGGAAGCUGCUGCCCACUUUGCCCCCCGACAAGAAACUCUCCAAGAUCGAGAUCCUCAGACUGGCUAUCUGUUACAUCUCCUAUCUCAACCACGUGUUGGAUGUGUGA